CUAAGGUUUGCUCCCCAAUCUAUCAGGAAGAAAUCUUUUCCUAUGGUGGCACAGGGAGCAGUGAUGUCGUUCUCUCAAUUUGGAUAUCCAUACAACACGGCGUCCCAGUUUUUCGUGUCCGCCAGUCCCGGUACGACGUGCUGCGAAGCCGGCUCCAGACCUGUGACUGAAGGCUCCGCUGGGCCGGCCCAGGCUGCUGUUUGCUGCCCUCCCUAUGAUAACAGACUGCUGGCCAACGCUAGGACCGAGAUUAACGCGGCGGCCGCGGCCCUGGGCAUGUACAACAGCUCUCCCUUUGCAACUACAGCCAGCCCGGGCUACGGGAACUACCUUGCGUACAGUACCGACCCUUCAGCCUUGUACUCCUCCCUGAAUUCGCAGUAUGAAAUUAAAGACGGCGCUGGGAGUUUACAUUCAGGAAUUGCAGCAACAGCUACCUACUAUCCGUAUGACCACUCCUUGGGGCAGUACCAGUAUGACAGGUGCGGCACCAUGGACUUUAACAGCAACACGCGGCGUAAAAACGCGACCCGAGAAACCACGAGCACUCUGAAGACUUGGCUACACGAGCACAGGAAGAACCCUUAUCCCACCAAAGGCGAAAAGAUCAUGUUGGCCAUCAUCACCAAAAUGACUCUGACUCAAGUCUCCACUUGGUUCGCGAACGCCAGGAGGAGGCUGAAGAAAGAGAACAAGAUGACCUGGUCACCGAGGAACAAAGGGGUGGACGAGAAGAAAGAGGACUGCGAGAAAAAGGACGGGGACGAAUAUAGUGCGGAGAGCGUGGCGAAAGCUGAGAAAGAAUACAGAGAUGACAAAGAGUUGAGACUGAGUGAUCUGGACGAUUUCGACGACGAUGAAUCGGGGAAAAUGGACCAAGACAAGGCGCCAUGUGGCAUCAGUGCAAGGCAAGCCCUGGUGGAGACUGAGGGAAGUGACUGCAGCGUUUCGCCUCCAGGCAAUCCGCACACUUUCUCCUGCUCGAAGGGUGAUUCCAGCCUUGCACCCCACUUUCUAGAAACCAACAGCAAUAAGCCACCUGUUUCUACGGCAAGCACCAGUCUCCAGCAGCGCUUUGGGACAGCAGAGAAGCCGAGGAUUUGGUCUCUGGCGCAUACAGCAGCCUCCAAUACUCUGGUGGCUUGUGAGAGUGGCCAUUCCCGGACAGUUAGGUACUGCGCCGAGGUGAGGCCGAGCCAGGCCACAGUCAACCAAGUCGAUGAUAUCCUUUCUCUCCGAGACUCUUCACAUGCAGCCCACAUUCUGAGAACUUCUGCAUUCAAUUUGCAAACGCUUGUGGCCACUGGUCAGCUGCACUGUACUUCCUACCCUGCUCUAGACAACUGCCAGUAUACACCAGGGACUGAAGGAUUUUUGAGACAUGCGAAACCUAAUGUGGGAUCGGCAGAGAUGACGGAAGCAUGCCCACUGCGCCAAGAGGGGAAGAUAAGGAGAGCCUUCAGACCUGUCCUGAAGAGGUGAGGUUUGUUUAAAACAAGACGCCGUAAACCAAGUGGAUGCUGCACAACUCCUUUUAUUGUAUGCACUAGUGAUUGACAAUACACUGGAAAUGAGACAGGAUCCGUUUCUCCCGAGCACUGGAACUGACUUUCAAACCGAUUCGCUUCGAUUUAACCAGUGGCCAGUGAUUCUGAUCAAGAGAAAGCAGAAAAGGGUCGCUUCCAACGGUUUUUCCUUGCACGGACUUAUUUGUUCUAACUCGGGAAAAAAUGUACAAGAAUCAGGGGAGGCCAUUGGGCUUUUAGACGAAAUAUACCUUACAAUAAUAAUG